CCGGACGUACUUGGUGUACAUCGAGACGCUGUUCUACCAGGAGAACUACAACACCUUCAUCGUCCCUUACGUCAACGGGUUCCUGACGAUCCUCUCGUCCCCGUUCCCGUUCGCCGUCAUCCUCGUCUGCACGUCCGUCAUCAUCGUCAAGCUGUCGCUGUCGUCGCAGACGUUCAGCGGCUUGUCGCGCCAGACCAAGUCCAAGCGGACGCAGGAGCUGAAGUCCGUCAAGAUGACGCUCGUGCUGUGCCUGUCGAUAUCCUUUCUGAUGCUGAUGCCGACGAGCAUCUUUGAGUUCAUCGCGUUCUUCCACGAGGACACGCUGAACAACCUGACGACGAACGAGCUGAACGCGAUCUUGAUCUGCCUGCAGAUACCGUACCAGCUGAGCGCGUCGAUCAAUUUCAUCAUUUACGUCACCACCAGCAGUAAGUUCAAUAAGACGUACAGGAAGCUGUUCUGUUAG